GUAGCUUGCAACGAAAGCCAGACAAAAGAGAGUGGCAAGUGUCCUCGCUUUGGACAGUAUCCUUGGAUUACAUCGCCGAGGUCUACUACUCCGUCAAUUUCGUCCCGCAUUCGUGUUCGAUCAACCCACGCCCACCAACGAUCACCUCAAAACCCACUUCGUAAAUUCCUAAAUUCUUUGCAUAUACACACGCACAACAUCUAAAAUUUAAGAUUUCUUGAAAAUGGGCAGUCAAAUUAGCAGGACAACUGGGCAAAAUGGUAGCCGCCGCCGCCAACCGCCACCCGAGGAGCCACCAGCGCGAUCGACUUCCAGCUCUGACACAGAUGUGACACCGGAGGGAUCCACCAGCCACCGCCAUAAUAUACCACUGGUGCCACCAGCUCGAACGACCUCCAAUUCCAACACAGAGGCGACUCCGGAGGAAGCUGAUCUGAGCUCCUAUGAAGCUGCGUGCGAAGUCGAUCCCGACCUCCGGACCUUCGACUCGACUCUCCAAGUUCGCACAAGCCGAGCCAUCAACUCCAUAGCCGUCGACUUAGAGGUUCGCUCCCUGUCCCUUGACUCCCUCCGGGAAGUCACCGAAUGCCUUCUAGAAAUGAACCAAGAAGUGGUUCAAAUUAUUCUUCAAAACAAAGAAGACAUCUGGAAAAAUAAAGAACUCUCGGAUCUGGUCGAUGAUUAUUUCGAAAAUAGUCUUCAAAUGUUAGAUUUUUGUACUGCUCUCGAUUCGUGUCUUCAGCGAGCCGGGCAUAUCGAGUCUAUAAUCAAUGUAGCCCUCCGAGUAUUUGAGGAAGAACAUUACAAUAUUCCUGGAGAGGGGGGCGUGAAAAGUUAUUCAAGAACUUUGGAGGAAUUGAGGAAUUUAAAAGGUGCGGGCCGCCCCUUCACAGAGGAGUUCUUUAAAAUGUUCACCACGGUUUAUAGCCAGCAAAAUUCGAUGUUAGAGAAAUUGAAAGCAAAAAAGAAACAGCUUGACAAGAAGUUGGGGAGAACGAAGACGUGGAGGAGGGUAUCCAAUGUAAUAUUCGGGGUGAUAUUUGUCUCCGUUUUGAUAUGCUCGGUGGUGGCAGUCGCAGUUAUUGCCCCGCCUGUAGUGACAGCUCUGGCAGCAGCAGCAGUAGCCAUGCCUUUAGUGUCGAUGGGGAAAUGGCUUAAUACGAUUUGGAAGAAGUGCGAGAAGGAAGUAAGGGGACAAAGGGAGAUAAUUACUUCAAUGUGGAUUGGAAGUAACAUUGUGAUUAAGGAAUUAGAUAGCAUAAGGGUGCUUAUUGACCAGCUUCAGAUAAAAAUAGAGGCUUUUUUGGGGAAUGCAGAUUUUGCAUUGGGACAGGAUGGCGCGGUGGUUAUUGCAGUGGUGGAGAUUAGGAAGAAAGUGAACGACUUUACGAAGACAAUUCAAGAUUUGAGUAAGCACGCGGAUAAAUGUACCCGAGACACAAAGAUGGCAAGGGCUGUAAUACUGCGGAGGAUCAUAAAUCACAUUGGCAGCUCGAAUCAGGACUUUGGUAUGUUUUCCUAAUGACUAAGUUCCAUGUUGCUGAUUUAGUUUGAGUUACAUAUAGUAAUAGAAAUCGUGCACCUGGGUCGAUUUCUUGUAUUUGUAUCGUUAUGACAACAAAAAUUGCUUAUUAUUAGGCUAUCUUAUUUGGUAUAUACAUGAUAUUUCUUAUUUCUUAUA